AUGAAGAUUAAAGUUUUCAUAUUUCUCUUGUUUUCUCUUAUGAUGAUGAUUACAUUGUGUUAUGGUAAAACUGACCCUAAUGAUCUCAGAGUUCUGAAUGAUUUCAGAAAAGGGUUGAAGAAUCCAGAGCUUCUCAAUUGGCCUGAAAAUGGAGAUGAUCCAUGUGGUCCUCCUCAAUGGAGUUAUGUGUUUUGUAACAAUGGUAGGGUUACUCAGAUUCAAGCUAAGAAUCUUGGUCUUAAAGGCUCCUUGCCUUCGAAUUUCAACCAUCUUUCUGAGCUUCAGAAUUUAGGUCUUCAGAGAAACAAUUUAUCUGGAAUGUUACCUAGUUUGAGUGGAUUAUCCAAAUUACAAUAUGCUUAUUUGGAUUACAAUGAAUUCGACGGAAUCCCGGUCGAUUUCUUCGAAGGACUCGAUAGUCUUCAGGUUUUGUCUUUGGAAGUAAACCCUUUGAAUGCUACUAAUGGUUGGUUGUUUCCUUUGGGAUUGAAAAAUUCAGUUCAGUUGGUGAAUCUUUCUCUGGUGAGCUGUAAUGUGGUUGGUCCUUUGCCUGAUUUUCUAGGCACAUUGUCGUCUUUAUCGAAUUUGAGGCUUUCGGGAAACAGAAUUUCAGGGGAAAUUCCGGGUAGUUUCGGUCAAUCGUCGUUACAGGCGCUAUGGUUGAAUAAUCAACAAGGGGGUGGAAUGACAGGUUCUAUUGAUGUUAUUGCUUCUAUGACAUUUUUGACACAGGUUUGGUUACAUGGAAACAAGUUCACCGGAACGAUUCCGUCGAAUAUCGGGAAUUUAACUUCUCUUCGGGAGCUUAACCUCAAUGGUAAUCAACUUGUUGGUUUGAUUCCUGAUUCAUUAGCAAAUAUGGAACUUCAAAAACUUCAGUUAGAUAAUAACAUGUUUGUCGGUCCAAUACCUAAGUUUAAGGCUGCAAUAGUAUCUUAUGCUUCGAAUUCCUUUUGUCAAAGUAAACCUGGUCUUGAAUGUGAUCCUAAUGUUAAUAUAUUGUUGAAUUUUCUCUCCGGUUUGAAUUAUCCGUCGUUUGUUGUUUCUAAAUGGGUUGGUAAUGAUCCGUGUGGAGGAUCAUGGCUUGGAUUGAGCUGCAUUCGUAACUCGGUAUCGAUAAUCAAUCUGCCUAGAAAAAAUCUUACUGGUACAUUGAGUCCUUCGCUUGCUAUGUUAGAUUCGUUGCUUGAAAUUAAGCUUUCGGGAAAUAAUAUAACUGGUAAGGUUCCGAGUAAUUUUACUGAAUUGAAAUCUUUGAGGUUGUUGGAUUUAAGUGAUAACAAUAUUGAAUCUCCAUUGCCAAACUUCCACGAGGGCGUGAAGGUUAUCGUUGACGGUAACCCUCUUUUCGAUAAUCAACCUCGACCGACUCCUGCUCCUAUUUUAACUCCACCGCCUUUAGGCGCACUGCCUUCACCACCACACAACGUGCCGAAGCCACAACCAAAGCUGCCCCCAUCCUCCGAUAGUCCACAAUCUAAUCAGUCUAGAAAUGUCGAAUCAAAUCCUCAAUCUAGUAAGUCGAAUAGACUCAAAAUAGUUGCAAUAGUGGCGGGAGGUGUAGUCUUUGGAUUUGUAGCACUCUCGGUUAUUGUUUUCUUUGUAUGUUGUUGGAAGAAGAAUAAGAAGAAAGUCUCAAUUGACGCGUCUAGCUCUGCUGUGUCCCACGCUCAAGAUCCGUCCGAUCCUAAAGUGAUGGUUAAAUUAGCGGUGUCGGAUAGCACCACGGGAAGCUUAUCGACGAAUACAGGAAUAAGUUCUCUGACUAACAAUAGCGGCGAAACCGAAAGCUAUCAUGUAACUGAGUCUGGUGGUAACCUUGUCAUAUCGGUUCAAGUUCUACGCAAGGUCACCAACAAUUUUGCGUCGGAAAAUGAGCUCGGCCGUGGUGGGUUUGGAACUGUUUACAAAGGUGAACUAGAAGACGGGACGAAAAUAGCAGUGAAAAGAAUGGAAUGUGGAACCAUUAGCAGUAAAGGACUCGACGAGUUUCAAGCAGAAAUAGCCGUUCUUUCCAAAGUUCGUCACCGACAUUUGGUAUCCCUACUAGGCUAUUCCAUUGAAGGAAACGAGAGGCUUUUGGUUUAUGAAUACAUGCCUCUUGGGGCUCUAAGCAGACAUCUUUUCCAUUGGAAAAGCUUGAAUUUGGAUCCUUUGUCUUGGUCGCAGAGGCUUGUUAUAGCACUAGACGUUGCUAGAGCGGUGGAAUACCUUCACAGUCUUGCUAGACAAAUCUUCAUCCAUCGAGACCUCAAGUCUUCGAAUAUUCUACUUGGUGAUGAUAUUCGAGCAAAAGUCGCUGAUUUUGGUUUGGUGAAACUUGCGCCCGACGGUGAAAAAUCUUUGGCAACAAAACUUGCUGGAACAUUUGGGUACCUCGCCCCUGAAUAUGCAGUAAUGGGAAAAAUCACGACUAAAGUGGACGUAUUCAGCUACGGUGUCGUGUUGAUGGAACUUCUAACUGGAUUAACAGCUCUCGAUGAGAGCCGACCAGAGGAAAACCGGUACUUAGCCGAAUGGUUUUGGCAAAUCAAAUCCAACGAAGAAAAGCUUAAGGCUGCAAUCGAUCCAUCGCUUGAAGUAAACGAAGAAACAUUCGAGAGCAUUUCAAUUGUAGCCGAACUUGCCGGACAUUGCACCGCCCGGGAAGCCAGCCAUAGGCCGGACAUGGGGCACGCUGUCAAAGUGCUAUCGGAGUUAGUAGAGAAAUGGCAACCGGUUGACGAGGAGUUUGAUUACACCGGCGGAAUCGACUUUUGUCAACCGCUACCGCAAAUGUUGAAGAUUUGGAAGGAAGCAGAAGGGAAAGAUAUAAGCUAUGCAAGUAGUACUAAUGAUAGUAAAGGAAGUAUACCAGCAAAGCCUUCUGGGUUUGCAGAUUCCUUUACUUCUUCUGAUGCUAGAUGA